UUCAAUUUGUUGGAUUUUAACACCAGCCCUUGCUGAAUAUUACCAUUCUGUUUUUGAAACCUUUUUUUAAAAGUAGUUUGCACUUUAUUUGAAUUGCCGAAAAUAAAUUACUGGAAAUUCGCAGGAAGGUCUCAUGUCCACAGUCCAGAAAAAGAGCACUGAUGAGGAGUAUCAGUCGACAGAAGUCAUACAGGCUACAGGCACGAAGGAGCUGAUGAAAAAACAUGGAGGAAAAGAGUGUGGCUGACAAAACAAACGAGGUCUCUCGAGAUCCAGUUUCCUCAAUUCAGACUGCACUUCAUCAUUUGCAUCCCUGCUACACCGCUCAGAGUGGAGGGAAUGUGGUUGCUCCAACCAUCAUUGGCUCUAGCACUGGCAACAUAAACAUCACCAUCGUCUCAACAAACCAAGGAUCUUUUGUUUCAUCGGGAAAAGAAUUCAACCAUGAAACUGCAGACAGCCAUAGCAUACUGCAGCCUCAAAAUAAUAGGAUUUCAGAAUGUCAACAGAAACUGAAAGCUUCUCUGAUUUGGAAGUUCAGCCACCUGCUCGAAGGAAUGACGACUGAAGCAAACAGGACAUCUCUCCACAAGAUCUACACAGAACUAUACAUCACUGAAAGAGGAAGUGGUGAGGUCAAUAAGGAGCAUGAGGUGAGACAGAUUGAGAUUGCCUCCAGGACACCUAUAGCCCAGGAGAAAUCAAUCCACUGCAAUCAACUCUUUGUUCCUCUAAGGGGACAAGACUACCACGUAAGGACUGUGAUCACAAGGGGAGUCGCUGGCAUUGGAAAAACUGUAUCUGUCAAUAAGUUCACUCUAGACUGGGCCGAGGAGAGACAAAACACCAACCUGGAUUUUGUAUUUCCUCUCUCUUUCCGAGAGCUGAAUCUGAUGAGAAAGAAAAGAUUCAGUUUAGUGGAGCUUCUCGCUGUAUUUUUCCCUCAAACAAAAGACACUGGAAUCUUUGCUAAUGGUAAAAACAAAAUGCUCUUCAUCCUGGAUGGUCUAGACGAGAGCCGUCUGUCUUUAGACUUCCAUAAAUGUGAAAUAAUGUCCGAUGUCAAUCAAGAAACCACAAUUGCUGUGCUUCUGACCAACCUCAUCAGGGGCCGAAUGCUUCCUUUGGCUCUUGUUUGGAUAACAUCUCGCCCAGUGGCUUCCAGUCAGAUCCCUCUGGAGUACAUUGAUCUAGUGACAGAGGUGCGAGGGUUCAACAACCCCCAGAAAGAUGAGUACUUCAGGAAGAAAAUUCGUGAUGAGAGCUUAGCAAACAGAGUAAUCGCACAUGUGAAAUCCUGCAGGAGUCUUCACAUCAUGUGCCACAUUCCAGUCUUCUGCUGGAUGGCAGCGAGUGUUCUGGAGAAGAAGCUGGCGACGACUGACAGUAAAGACUCGCCAAAGACCCUCACUCAAAUGUACAUACACUUCCUGUCCUUGUACGUGGACAACAUGAAGAAGAGGCUGUCUGGAAGAAGAGAGUCAAACACUGAAUGCUUGAGAGAAAACCUCAUCUUGUUGGGUGAGCUGGCCUUCAAAGAGCUCGAAAAGGGCCAGUUGAUUUUCUAUGAGAGCGACCUCAUCUUGAGUGGCAUAAAAGUCACGCAGGCGUCCAUGUUUUCCGGAGUCUACACACAGAUUUUCAGUGAGGAGCUGACACCAUGCAAUCAGAAGAUGUUCUGCUUUGUGCAUCUGAGCAUCCAGGAGUUCUUCGCUGCAUUGUAUGUCUACCUCAAAUUCAACAACGACAACUUCAACGCCUUGAUCAAGAAGUCGUCCGCUUCGAGACGUUUCCCAUUCAGAGAUUCAUCGGAGCUCAUCCUCUACAAGGAAGCGGUGGAAAAGGCGUUGCGGAGUGAAAAUGGACAAUUUGACAUCUUCCUGCGCUUCCUUUUGGGUCUGUCUCUGGAAUCCAACCAGACUCUGUUGAAACAUCUAAUGACCAGCAAUAGAACGAACCAAAGGACAAGAUCAGAGGUCAUUAAACACAUAAAGGAGAAGAUCAGGAUGAAUCCAUCCACAGACAGAUGCCUCAAUCUCUUUCACUGCCUGAAUGAACUGAAUGACUGCACACUUGUGCAUGAGAUUCAGGGCUACCUCAGAUUGGGCAGUCUUAACAAAGCCACGCUUUCACCUGCCCAGUGGGCCUCACUGGUCUUUGUUCUACUGACAUCAGAGGAAGAGCUGAGUGUGUUUGAGCUGAGUAACUAUGCUCGGUCAGAGGAAGGUCUUGUGAGGCUGCUGCCUGUUUUGAAGACUGCUCGAGUGGCAAAACUAAAUUCAUGUAAUCUCACUGUGACCUGCUGUGAAAUCCUGGCGAAUUGCAUCAAAUCAUCACAACUCAGGGAGCUGGACCUGAGCAACAACAACCUGACAGAUGCAGGAAUAAUACAGCUCUCUGACGGACUGCAGAGCAGUAAACUGGAAACGCUCAGACUGAGGGGCUCCAAGCUAACAGAACACAGCUGUGAUGACCUGGCCUCAGUCAUCAGCUCAGCCUGCUGCCAGCUGAAAGUACUGGACCUCUCUGACAAUGACUUACAGGACGUAGGAGUCAAAAAACUGAGUGGUGGACUGGGGAGUCCUCACUGUAAGGUGGAAAUACUCAUUUUGUCCCUGUGCAGACUGACGGAAGAAAGCUGCAUUUUCCUGGCAUCUGCUUUGAACUCAUCCAGUCUGAGAGAACUUGACCUGAGCUACAACUACCCAGGGAACUCAGGCCAGAUGCUGCUGUCUGCUCUGCUGGAUGACCCACAAUGCAGUCUGCAGAGUCUCAGCAUAGAACAGUGCGAUGAAUCCAGGAUUCAGCCAGGUCCAAAGAAGUAUACCAAAAAACUCAGCCUUGACCCAAACACAGCACACCGAGACCUUUCUCUCUCUGAGGGAAACAGGAAGGCGAGGCGUUGGACCAAGCAGCCAUAUCCUGAUCACCCAGAAAGGUUCGAUUUCUGGACACAAGUGUUGUGCAGGGAGGGACUGAGAGAGCGCUGCUACUGGGAGACAGAAUGGAGUGGGAGAGCUUUCAUAGGAGUAGCUUACAUAGGGAUGUGCAGGAAAGGAGAGGGUCAUGACUGCUGGUUAGGCAAAAACGAGUCUUCCUGGGGGCUAUACUGCAACAAAGAUGGCUACAAGACUUGGCACAAAGACAUGAACACUGCUGUAACUGUCCCACCAAGCUCCAAUAAAGUAGGAGUCUUUCUGGACUGGUCAGCGGGGACACUGUCCUACUUUGCGGUCUCCUGUGGCGCACUGACCCCUCUCCACACCUUCCACACCACCUUCACUGAACCUGUCUACCCAGGGUUUUGGCUUGGAUGGGUGGACUCCACGGUGCAUUUGUGCUAAACAUUGUUAACAUAAUGUAAUAUUUUCUUUUGUCCUGCUCUUGAGCCUUAAACCUGUUUAAAGGAUUAAUUAAUUCAGAUAACAAUAACAAAUUAAAACAUGUUUUAGUUUUAGUUUAUUUUUUAUUUAUUAUUAUUGUCUUUUGCUUCAAUAACAGACCCAGGAAAAUAACAUGUAAUAUAUCAGCCAUAAGUUAUAUCUUUAUACACAAACACAAUGAAUCAUGUAAAGGAAUAUUUUUGAUAAGGACCCUUUGGCGAUCUUUGUUGGUCAGUCGAUCUGUUGACUUUUUUCUGUCAUCACCAUAUUGAAUGGUUUCCGUGAAAUGUAAUUCCUGACAAUGUUUGUGAUCCCUGAAGUGCUCAUACAGCGCCAUCAAAAAUAGAAUUUGCUUAUUACUUGGUGGUGGUGGUUUAGGACCGAAAUGAAAACAUUCCUUCAUUCACUUCUUGACAUUUCAUGAGAGGUAUUUUUACGUAUUUUUAUCGUAAAUGUCUCUUUGUAUCCUUUGCAGUACUUUUUUGUUUUGUCUUACUACAUCUAAUAAUCCAGUACAUGUGAAAACCUACUGGCCAAUAAACCGACUGAUUCAA